AAAUCAUAGGAAGUACUACUAUACAAACAAAUUAUAUGAAGUAAUAAUAAAGAAAAACUUGAUAAUUUUUCAAUUAUUCUGUCGAGAUGACCUGUCGAAUGAUCGUCUCUAAUAACAUAAAUGGUGAUACUCCUCUACGGUACAUUGACAUAACUGUAAAUAAUGACAAUGCUCAGGAAGAAGAGCCUCUAUAUACAAGACUCAUCAAGGUAGAUGACCAGAGAGUUGAAAGUGAAAAGUCUAGCUUACAAGAAGUAACUGAGGGAGAACAGAGCAAUGAAUCAGACACUGAAAGAGCAGACAUUCUUAUAACUGACUCCAUUAAUAAUGAUGUUGAAACACCUGUUAGGUUCAUUGAUACAGGCACUGAGGAUGAAUCAAACAACACACUAUUAAGAGCUGCCAAUGUUGAAAAUAAUAAUAGGGAGCAUUCUAGAGCAGUGUCUAGCAUGAUUCAUGAAUACCAGCAGAUAAAUGAUGAUCAUAUGCAAUGUCAGAAUAAUCAAAGCAGAACUACUGUUAAGAAAAAGAAAAUUCUACUUUUUAUAAUAUUAGGACUAGCUAUAGUGGUAGGCGGUGCUGUAGGAUUAACAAUGACAUUUUUAACUAAAAAAGUGGUAGCACGACCUGCAACUGGCAGCAAUUCUUCGAUACAAAGCAAUUGUGAAUGCUGUAAAUACGAGAAAAUGAGAAUAGAGGUGAUCAAUAUCAUCCAACAUGUUACCAUGGUACAAACAAGCACCACGGCAACAUGUAGCCAAAUAAGGCAUGACUUAAAUGCACAGUUUGGCUCCCCAUGGCAGUGCAUGGCCGGUAAACAUGGUCGUUUUGGCUACUCUGUCCGAUUUGACAGCAUCUAUUUUGUCAGAUUCAGAAAAGGCAAACUUGUGUAUGUUGUCUACAGAACACACAACCUAGCAGAAGUAUCAAGUAGAAUGGAGUAUGGCAAAUGUGAACCUGAUGGUGCCAACUGCACAUGUAUUCCAGUGCAUGAUGAGGCUAUGCACAAUUACAAUAAUAUAUCACCAAUGGAUAAAUCAAGCCAAUUGGACGAUGAUAGUCCUCCUUACAUAUCAACCAGCAAGAGGGAACAAGCUAUGAAUUGCACCAGAGAAGCACUAUAUAAGUUUGACAACGUCUUUGCAGUUGCAGCCCACAUUAGGAAGACAUUUGAGAAGACAAAUGAAGCACCCUGGCAGUGUGCUGUUGGGACAAGUGACAUAUCUAUUGAUAACAGUGGGUACAUUAAAAUGAUGAAAGGCACUGCGGUUAUUACACUAUUUAAGACUAAAGAAUUAUCUUAGAUUCAUCAUUCCAUAAAAUAUCUGUUUUUAAAUAACAAAAAAUAUCUGUAUUGUUCAUUUGAUUGUUACAAAAUUUCACAUCACACAUAUAUAAGAGGUGUUCGCAGUACAGGAACUCAUAUUAGGGAUUUGUUCAUAUUAAAAAUAUAUUUUCUAGGAGUGCUCAAGUUUAGAAAGGUGUUCAUAUUAGAGAGGUGUUCAUAUUAAAGUGUUCACAUAGAGAGACAUUCACCUGAUUGAUGUUCACAUUAGAUUGUCAUUCAUAUUAGAGAUAAGUCUGUAAAAGAGAAUUGUUUAAAUUAGCGAGCCAUUCACCUAAUAGAUGCUCACAUAGACAUAUACUUACAUCAUAAGCAGGACAGAUGCAAGUAAUUCCCUAGUGUUGACAAGAUGACAUAUAUAUGACCUUGUAAAGUUCCUACAUGUGUAACAGCUACAACCUGCCAGUAAUCCACUAAAGUCACUCUCAAACCUGCAAAACAUACAUCUUAAAGCAUUCAACAUUUCAACAGGGGAAAAGUGUAUAAGGGGUGGAAACAUGGAUGUAAAAACAGGAUAUUUGGGAGUAGAGGAAAAUGUCUAUUUAAUUUGAUUUUGUUCCCAAUGAAGGGAAAUUGAUAAUGCAGAUAUCUGUAAGCUAGUUGCAAUCUACUCUGAAUUCCCUUACCACAGUCUUUGAUAUAUUAAUUGGGCAAUCACUUUAAAUCUAUCUUGUUAGUGUCUGCAAGUUUACAAGAAUUUACAUAUGUAA